UACACUCACUAUACAGGUAUACCGUAAUACACCUGUAAUUGUCUGGUACUGCCCAGGCUUAUGGUUUAUAAUCGAGAUACAAUGCUUACAGUAGCAUCCUGGCAGUCUACAAUAUAUGAUAGCAACUCAAUAUUACUCAAAUCAGGAGAAGGAACACAAAUGUCCAGGAUACUGAUACUGGUGACGGUUACCCUGGCAACCAUCAUCACCACAGCACAGGCUGCGGGACAGUGCGAUGCCAGUUGUAACUCUAACGGAACUAAAUCCUGCGAGGAAGGAAUCUGCACGUGCAAAGGAAAUGUGAUCGGCGCGGACUGCUCGUCGUGUCGUCACGGAACAGUGGAUAUGGACCCGGCUAACGAGGAAGGGUGUGUGAAGUGCUACUGUACUGAUCACUCACCCUCUUGUCAGCUGCAGUCCUGGGCUAUAUCCUAUGUGGGGGAGGCGUUUGAGGCUACACGUGGGGUGGGCUGGCUCGUGGAAAGCUCGAAAAACAGCACUAAAACUUCAACAGAUGUGGUCAAAUCGUACGGUGGUAGCUCGGAGUAUAUUUCGUAUAGUAACCAAGUUUGGGAGUUGAAAUCUAAUAAUUUCUAUUGGGUCCUGCCGGCUCAGCAUCAUGGGGAUUGGACAGCUAGCUACGGUAGUAACUUGAUCUACAAACUUAACCUGAGAUGUGGCUCUGAUUUCGCGUGUUCCUUCAAUCAAGAGCCCUGGGUGAUACUGCGAGGGGGAAUUCAACAAGAUAUUCAGACGAUCCAACACUACAAGUUCGAGACAUCCGGCUCCAAAUGGCGGGGUAUAAAAGAGAUAACAGUCUCACUUCACGAGGGGUACACGCUGCGCACGUGCUGGCGCACCCCCGACCUGCGCUGCAUCUCGCGUACAACCAUGAUCAGCGUGCUGAGCAACGUGAUAGAGGUGAAGAUAAAGGCGGGUAUCUUCAGAACUAGCUCCAGUAUGGCUAUAGGAGGGUUUAAGAGAGAGAUAGCAUCCCACAUGGGGGACGUGCCACGCAGAGUAGAGGUAUGCAGCUGUCCCGCGCCAUACACUGGCAGUUCCUGUCACCUCUGUAAAUCAGGAAUGUUUCACAAAUAUGGGUGGGACUGUGCCCGGUGCGAGUGCAACAACUACAGUUACACAUGUGAUUCCUUCACUGGGAAGUGUGACAACUGCGCGUAUGACACCGCGUGUGAUAAUUGUGAUUGUUGCGCGGAUGGAUUUUACGGUAAGCCCACAGGAGAACCGAAUCCCUGCUCUCCCUGUCCGUGUAAUAGCCGGGCUGCCACCUGCUCCACAAACCAGGACGGCAGCUUUGGGAGGUGUGUAGAUUGCGAGGAGGGGUAUGAAGGAAGGAACUGUGAAGUGUGCCAGGACGGUUACUACGGUGAUCCUACUGCGGGAAUACCUUGUCAGAAGUGUUUCUGCAGCGGCAACAUCGACACUACCGUCACUGGUAACUGUCACAACAUCACCGGAGAAUGUUACAAUUGUUUACACCACACUACCGGUUUCCAUUGUGACAUCUGCCAGCGUGGUUUCAAUGGUGACGCCACGAGACAGCAAUGUGAACAGUGCAGGUGCAAUCUCAUCGGUGCCAAGGACAACAUCUGUAAUCCUACCUCAGGUGAUUGUACUUGUAAGGACAAUGUUGUGGGUGGAGCUUGUGACGAGUGUGCUACUGAAACCUACGGUUUAUCCUCUGGUACAGGGUGUUCACCUUGCACGUGCGACACAACAGGAACACAGUUCGCGUCAAACGAGUGCGACGCGCGAACAGGACAGUGCACGUGCAGAGCUGACAGACAGUACAGGACCUGUGACGGCUGUGUAAAUGGCUACUUUCUGAAAAACGGCAGAUGUUUAGGCUGUCAGUGUCCCUCGUCAAGGAGCUUGAACUACAGCUGCAAUGGGGUGACUGGUCAGUGCUUCUGUCAACCCCAAUAUACGGGUCAGAGAUGUGAUGUUGCUGCGUGUGUAAAGGGAUCAUGGAGCGACUGGACCGUGUGUGAUAAGCCCUGUGGUAACGGUACUCAGAUCAAAACACGAAGAAUAUACGUUCCGGACCCCAAUGUGAUCAGAGACGAGGGUCUGCCUGCUGAAACGUGUGACGAGAUAGAGACGCAGUCGCGCUCCUGCAACGAGGCAAGUUGCAGCAACAUCAAUGAGAAUGAGUGUGGUGUUAUUGAGGUUACAGAGCCGCUCUCUUAUCAGAACUGCAGAACACGCCGACAUUACCCGGUUAAGAAAUGUCGGGGUUCGUGCACGCACGGGGAUAUUGACUGCUGUCGGCCAUAUCGUCUGACUCAAAAGAGUUACCGGCUGUACUGCGCAAAUGGGCGGAGAAUAACCCACACAUUUGACGAGGUGCAACAGUGCGGGUGUUUGGCUUGCUGAGCUGACUUUAGCUUACUGGAAAUUAGAAUACUAUGAAUAAAGUUGAUCAAGAAAUAAUAUAUUAGGUGACGAGAACAGUGCUAUAUAUGAUACAGAUACAGGUGCAGAUUGAAUUGAAUAAGAAUGCUUAUAACUUUUAAAUUGUGAUUUGUAAAUCAUUGGGCCGUGGUGCAUAUAAUUCUGAUUAAUUGUUUUUGAAUACAAUAAAUAAUUAAAUAAUUAUUUUGAUGAAAACUUUUUAUUUCGAUUGGUGAUUUGAUGUGUUUCAUUAUUUUCAUCAAUGCAGAUCUGUGCUCCAUGCCCCACGGCACAAAUAUUUUAUUAUACUACCGCUACUGAUACUAAAUUAAUAAAACUAUCAUCUGAGGGUCAAUAAAUUAUC